AUGUUUGUCGUCUGCGAUGGGCAGGAUCAUUUGUCGGAGAUGGCUUUUAACUCAGUUUCCAAAGACGGGCAAUGCAUCGAUGAAUUUAUAUACUCAACCUACAAAAUAUGUCUGGAAUCGUCGAAUUCGAUUGCUGUCCACUCUGGGUGGUGUAGGCGUAUUUGCAUUGGCAGCGGCGGGGUUUACGGCGGGUCACCUCCAUGCAAGAAGGCAGCCCCUGCAGUUGUUUAUAUAGAAGUUGCAAACAGGCAUCCAUAUUAUACUGUUUUAUCAAAUGGCUCUGGAUUCAUUGUGAAAGAAGAUGGACUGAUUUUAACAAAUGCACAUGUUGUUGUCAAUCGGCACAAGGUAAUCGUUAAACUUCAAGAUGGAACAAAAGUCGAGGGAAAAGUUUUGUUGGUUGAUCCUGUCUCGGAUUUAGCUGCUAUCAAAAUCAAUGUGGCUGGUUUACCGAUUCUUAAUUUGGGUGAGUCAAAUUCCCUUCGACCAGGAGAAUGGGUAAUAGCCAUGGGUAGCCCAUUAUCAUUGACCAACACAGUAACAUCUGGAAUUGUGAGCACACCUCAUCGGGGAAGUGCAGAGUUGGGUCUCCACCAUCGGAACAUGACUUAUAUCCAGACAGACGCAGUGAUCAAUUUUGGAAAUUCAGGUGGUCCAUUGGUUAACCUGGAUGGUGAGGCUAUUGGGAUUAACACGCUCAAAGUUGCUACAGGAAUUUCCUUUGCUAUUCCAAGUGACUACGCUAAAGGAUUUUUGCACAAAGCAGAAAAAGAUGAUGAAUGCCCAACAAAGUAA